AUGGAGCAGGCUCCAGACAGCGCUAGUCGCACCAGUAAGGGGAACAUCCAGGUCGAUGAAGCACGCCUUGAAGCGGCCUUGGGCCAUAAACAGGAAUUGGUUCGUGGUUUCGGAUUGUUUAGCUUGACCAGCCUGGGAAUUAUUAUUGCCAAUUCCUGGGCGGCUACUGGAGGAACGAUUGUGACUGCACUGUAUAAUGGCGGUCCUAUGGCCGUCUUAUAUGGACUUAUCCUGGUCACUGUCUUUUACGCAUUCAUCUCCGCAUCCCUCUCUGAGCUGGCCUCUGCAAUUCCCUCGGCAGGUGGUGUCUAUCAUUGGUCGUCCGUGGUGGCAGGCAAGUAUGGUCGUGCUGCAGGCUUUUUCACUGGCUACCUCAAUGCCUGCGCCUGGUUGCUAUCUGCAGCUUCGAUGAGCUCAAUUCUGGGGAAUGAGGCGGUUGCCAUGUAUCUCCUACGGCAUCCGGGGGUAGAAUGGCAUAGCUGGCAGCCCUUCAUUGUCUUCUUAAUUGUACUAUGGAUGUGCUGUGCUAUUGUGUGUUUGGGAAAUCGGUACCUUCCGCUCAUCAAUCGGAUCUCGCUGGUACUGUCCAUGGGUGGUUUGUUUAUAACCAUCGUUGUGCUGGCCGCGAUGCCGCGUGGUCGACGCGCGAGCAAUGCGCAAGUCUGGAGAACCUACUACAACGAAACUGGUGGCUGGUCCGACGGUAUUUGCUUUCUUUCUGGGCUGCUGAAUGCUGCCUUUGCGGUCGGUACUCCGGACUGUAUUAGCCACCUUUCCGAAGAGGUUCCCCAACCAGAGAGAAAGGUGCCACAGGGCAUUAUGCUGCAGCUUCUAACAGCCUUUCUCACCGCGUUCGUCUAUCUCAUUGCGCUGUUCUAUGGUAUCAAUGAUAUUGACGCCGUUCUCAACACCAACGUCAAUUAUUUUCCCGUCGCCGAGAUCUACCUGCAGGCAACAGGUUCUACAGCUGGGGCAGUAGGCCUUAUCGCCCUGCUUUUCCUAGCCACUUUUCCCACACUGGUGGGAACCCUCACAACCGGUGGCCGGAUGUGGUGGUCGCUUGCGCGCGACAAUGCCACCCCUUUUCCCUCGUUCUUUGGCCAGGUUCACCCCACGCUGGACUGUCCGGUCAAUGCCACAGUAGCCAUGGCAGUGAUGGUUUCCUGUCUCGGUUGUGUUUACGUGGGCAGCACCACGGCAUUCCAGGCGUUGAUCUCGUCAUUUAUUGUUCUGAGCACGCUGUCCUAUGCUGGUGCUAUUGUCCCGCAUGUGCUCUCCCGGCGCCGAAGUAUUGUCCCCGGGCCCUUUGCGAUGCCCCACAAAAUUGGGUAUGUGGUUAAUAUCCUCGCGGUCCUCUACAUCGCCGUCACGGUGGUGUUCUUCUGCUUCCCCUUCACCUUGCCGGUGACUGUGCAGAAUAUGAACUACACCAGUGUUAUUACCGUCGGGCUUAUGACCCUUGUCGGCAUCUGGUGGUUGUUCCAGGGUAUGCGGACUUAUAAGGGGCCUACCUACAGUCGCGAGGCGGCUGAACGGUUGGCGAUUGGGAAACAGGAGUCUGUAGCUGAGAUGAGAGCGACGGCUUGA